AUGAAUCAAUUAAUGAUUGUUUUUUAUAUAUUAUUGGCUAUUAUUUUUUCAGUUUAUUUAAUAAAUAAAUAUUUUGCAAUCAAAAACAAUAACAAUAGUAAUAACAAUAAUAAUUGCAAUAAUAAUAGAAAUAUAACCAAUACACAACAUUAUAACAAAAUCAACUACAAUUUAGCUGAUCGAAUUCAUAUUCACCAAAGCCCACAGCAAUUUGAUUCCGCUUGUUCCCCACCAGACCAAUUUGACUCCACUUGUGCCCCACCACAGCAAUUUGAUUCCAUUUGUGCCCCACCAGACCAAUUUGACACCACUUGUGCCCCACCACAGCAAUUAGAUUCCACUUGUGCCCCACCACAGCAAUUUGAUUCCACUUGUGCCCCACCACAGCAAUUAGAUUCCAUUUGUGCCCCACCACAGCAAUUUGAUUCCAUUUGUGCCCCACCACAGCAAUCUGAUUCCACUUGUGCCCCAUCACACCAUCAAUCAGAAUCUCAAUUUUUCAACUCAAUUUCUUCUCAAUUAAUCAAUACCCCAAAUCCACCACUAAUUCCAUCCACUCCAUCCACAAUUGCAUCAAAAACCUCUGUAUCUGUCUAUCCAUUUGAAUCUGAGUCAAGUAACAACUCUGCAGGUUCAUCAUUAUCAAAAAGAAAAACAUUUAGAAAGCCAGUAUCAAGUACUAUUUCUGCAUGGGAACCAACAUCAACUGGCAAUCAUCCAAUGAAGAAGAGACCAUUGGAACAAGAUAAUGAAAUAAAUAAUGGUGAUAGACAAAUUUCCAAAAAACAUAAACUCGAAGAUGAAGAGAGUUUAAAUAUAGUUAAGCAAAUUGUAGAAAUGGAAAUAUUAAAAAAAGAAAGAGAAAGAGAAGAAAAAGAAAAAAUGGAAAGACUUAAAUUAAUCGAAAGAAUACAAAGAGAAUAUAGAGAAAGGGAAGAAAUAGAAAGAAACCAAAGUUUAGAAAUUGAAAGACAAAUAAAAGAAGGAUAUGAAAGAAAAAGAUUAGAAAGAAUCCAAUUAGAAAGAGAACAAAUUGAACAAUCAGAAAGAUCAAGAUUACAAAGAGUUCAAAAAGAUAGAGAAAGAGCAGUAAAAAUAAGAGAAAGAGAGGAAAGAGAAAGAGCAAGAGAAGAAAGACAAAGAGAAGAAAGAAUAAGAGAAGAGAGAGAAAGACAAAGAGAAGAAAGAAUCCAAAGGGAUAUAGAAGAAAGAGAACAAUUACAAAGAGAACAAUUACAAAGAGAACAAUUAGAAAGAGAUAAUUUGGAAAGUGAUCGUUCAGAAAGUGAUGACAAAUGCACAAUUUGUCUUAACAUUAUAAACAUAAAUGAAAUGGCUACAAUUGAUUGCCAUCAUAAAUUUUGCUACGAAUGCAUUGUAAAAUGGUCUGAACGUAUUAAUACCUGCCCAAAUUGUAGAAACGAGUUUUAUGACAUUACAGUGAAGACCAAAUUAUUAAUAAAAUCGCUCCAUUCAAUGUUUCAAUUUUUCAAUCGAUUAAAUUAUAGAAAGUCAACUUCAUCAUCCAAGAAACAAAUCACAUCUUUAUCAUCAUGUGUAUUAAGAAGUCAUGUAUCUCAUUAG